AUGUCUCACUCCCACUCCCACGACGACGGCGUCAGCCAUUCCCACGAUGACUUCGGCGGCCAUGGCCACUCGCACGAGAUCCUCGACGGGCCCGGUUCGUACCUGAACCGCGAGAUGCCUCUGGUCGAGGAGCGCGACUGGCGGGACCGUGCCUUCACCAUCGGCAUUGGCGGUCCCGUCGGCUCCGGAAAGACCGCCCUGAUGCUCGCUCUUUGCAAUGCCCUCCGCGACGAAUACAAUAUCGCUGCCGUGACGAACGAUAUCUUCACUAGAGAAGACGCCGAAUUUCUCACCCGACACAAAGCCCUCGCGCCGAACCGAAUCCGCGCCAUCGAAACCGGCGGCUGCCCCCACGCUGCGGUCCGCGAAGACAUCAGCGCGAACCUCCUGGCGCUGCAAUCCCUGCACAAGCAAUUCCAGACCGACAUCCUGCUCAUCGAGUCCGGCGGCGACAACCUCGCUGCGAACUACAGCCGCGAGCUGGCCGAUUUCAUCAUCUACGUGAUCGACGUGGCCGGCGGAGAUAAGGUGCCGCGGAAGGGCGGCCCCGGCAUUACGGGCUCUGAUCUGCUGAUCGUGAAUAAGAUUGAUUUGGCGGAGAUCGUGGGCGCCGAUUUGUCGGUUAUGGAGAGGGACGCGGCCAAGAUGAGGGAGGGGGGGCCGACGGUUUUCGCCCAGGUUAAGAAUGGGGUCGGCAUGGAGCAUAUUGUGGGGUUGAUUUUGAGUGCCUGGAAGUCGUGUGGUGCGUAUGAGGCUAGUUUGGAGAGGUGGAAGAAUGGGGCUGUUAGGGGGUCGGGGAGUGUGGAU